CAGGUAGUUUUUUUUGUUCGGAAUUGAGCCAAUCAGAAAGCGGCUACGGUGGCUCGGAAGAGACAAAAAAAAAGGAACGGAAGCGAAUCGAAGCUGCGCGUCCGUGCCAUGGCGGACGAUUUCUGCAGGCUGUGCCACGGUUCGUUUUGCAAGCCCGGCUGUCAGAAAAUCUUGAGCCGGGUUCACCUGUUCAGAGCCUGCGAGAGGGGAGAAGCCGAGGGGCUGCAUUUGAGCCAGGAGCUCGCCCGGAUCGGCAUAGAGCUGGGAGCCCGCGGGGGAGAAGGAGAAGGAGGGAGCGAGCAGGGGGGAGAGAGGAGGCUGUCGAGUUUCGUGUGCAUGAAUUGUUUCAAACAGUUCCUUCACGUUUUAACUCAAAUCGAGGCGUGGCGGGACAAAGCGCACCGCAAGCCUGCGCAAGUGAAAGCAGAUAAUAGUAAUGACGAAGAGAGGACGGAUGUCCAAGGGGACAUGGAACUGGAGGACAGCAAGCAGGACAUCCCCCGGCUGGACCCAGACCAGAUGGCAGAGGGUGUAUUUGACGUGGAGGUGGUCCAGGUGAAGGAAGAGGAAAUGGAAGUGUCCAUCGAUCACGCGACCCAGGAGGAGGGGUGGAAAACACAGACCGAGGAUUUGAAAGUGGAUGAGGGACCCAGUCCGGACCCCGUGCCAAAACCCCUUUCAAAGACGGAUCCUGUAAAAAACUUCACAGCGACACCCGGGACACCCGUUGAAGAUCCCGCAGGCCGGACGCUGAACCCCCACCUCCCUCUGCUGCAGCAAAUCGCCCGGCAGAUUUCUCUCGCUUCGGAAAACGCGCUACCCGCCCGCGCGGCCGAGGCGGGACAGUCCGAUAACUCGCCGAUCCCGUCAGCGGCGCCGAACUCUGGGCUCCGACUGGUCGGCGCUCCCCCCGGACCGAUCAGGCUGGUCCGAAUGCAGAACAGAGAAGUCCGGCUGGUCGGUCGGCAGGAACCAGCUUUGCAGACCCAACAUCAGCCGAUCAGGCUGCUGCAGAUGCAGAACAAAGAGGUCAGGCUGCUGGCUCCCGGACCGGGAGUGGUGAGCUUUCAAACCCGACCGACGCCGCAGAACCAGACUUGCGCGGUCGACUCGCUGAGUCCUACGGGUCAGCGGGCUGGAAUUCGGUUGGUUCCCGUACGGGCGCUGCCGGCUGCGAAGGAAGAACUGGGCGGCUUGAUUCGAGUUAACCUCAAUCAUAAGCUGAACCCCGAGUCGCAACCGAAGGAAAAUCCGUCAAACCGGUCUCGAGUCGACGGGCUUGACCUUGUGAUGGCUUACCGGAGCCAGCUCCCCAAAACCGCUACGCCCUCGAUCUUGACCCCACCCCCAGCCCCAGCCCCAGCCACGGCCCCAAGAGUUUCUCCCUCCUCUUCUUCUUUGGAGGGUUCGGAAGCGGACGAGGACGAGGAAGGCCGCGGCGCGAAAAGUUCUUACAUCUGCACCCACUGCGGGAACUCCUUCUCCCGGAUGAGCAGUCUCCACCGGCACCAGGACACCUUGCACCCCCGGGUCCGCGCCCCUUCCUACCCCUGCCCCGAGUGCGGGAAGAACUUCACGGAUUCGGGGAACCUGCGUCAGCACUGGCGGAUCCACACGGGCGAGAAGCCGUACUCGUGCGGGGACUGCGGCCUUCGCUUCCGCUUCAAGGGGAACCUCAACUCCCACCAGUGCAUCGACGAGGAAGAGACGCCUUUUUCCUGCCAGGUCUGCGGGAAGAAUUUUCGCCGCCCGGAAGGGCUGGAGAGGCACGUCGCCGCGGCUCACCGGGAGCCCGGGGCCGGCGGGUACGAAUGCGUCGUCUGCGGGAAGCGGUUCUGGAACCGGGAGCUGCUGAAGUCCCACGGGAGGGUCCACACGGUUCAGAAGCCGUACUGGUGUCAGGAAUGCGGGAAGCGUUUCCGCCACCUGUCCACUUUCAACUACCACAAGCGAACGCACCUCCGGGAGGCCCCGCACCGCUGCGACAAGUGCGGCCGGGCCUUCGCGGAUCAGGAGGCCCUGGAGGGCCACAGCAAGGUGCACGGGAGCGAGGCCCCGUUCCGGUGCGAGGUUUGCGGGAACGGGUUCAGGCUGCGGUCGCAUUUCCGGUCCCACCAGAGGAUUCACUCCGGGGAGACUCCGUACGACUGCGCGGAGUGCGGGAGGAGUUUCAGCCAUCUGGGGGCGCUGCGGUUCCACGUGCAGAACCACGAGCGAGGGAAGAAGGAGCAGGAGAAGAGUGAGAACGGGAAAGCUGAGUGAGGAGGAGAGGCCUCUGUGGGGGGGGGGAGGCUGUUGUCAUGAAACGGGGGGGUGGAAACUCGGAUCGGACAGUUGAAAAGAAUCGAACGGAAAAACGCAACAGACUCUUCUGUUGUUUGUUGGAGAUUCCUAUCCGUUCCUAAUUUAGGUGAAGUUAUUUUCUGCUGAUGCAGCUCUGUGGUGGAUCCUAGUUCUUUUGUUUCUGACUGAUCUUCUCUUUUUUUAUUCCAACUUAAGAUCUGGAUUAACUUCAUUGAUCUAAUUUAUUUGUUCAGUCGGACACAUAUCCCCCCGCCUCCCGCCCCCCACAACGGGUCUUUUUAGUUUCUGAAAAAUGCACUUCCUUUCAAGAUUCAAGGUCACACGACCCGUGAAACAUUGUGAGGCCUGGGAGAGAAGGGUUCGAGUGUGUUCCAAUUAGUCGAAUAAUAAUUGAAGCCUGAAAGACGCCCUCCCCCCUCCAGGAACUGAGUUUGACACCCCUGGUCGAGCUAAUAACCUUUAACUAUCGGCCGUUCGUUCCCAGUAUAACUUCACGACAACUUUGUACGUUUUUUAUAAGCUGCUCCAGGUUUCAGUGGUUAAAGAAAAGGGGUCUUGAUACCAGGAGGUUCAAAUCACCUGGCUCAGCCACUGACUCCCUGUGUGUGUGACCCUGAGCAAGUCACUGAACCUCCUUGUGCUCCGUCCUUCGGAUGAGACGUCAAACAAACGAGCUCCUAUUGGAAGUGACUCUGCAGCAGCCACUGACUCCCUGUGUGUGUGUGUGACCCUGAGCAAGUCACUGAACCUCCUUGUGCUCCGUCCUUCAGGAUGAGACGUCAAACAAACGAGCUCCUAUUGGAAGUGACUCUGCAGCAGCAGCAGCAGCAGUUGUUGAUGAUGCAGAGUUCACCCACCCAAGUCUCUGUAAAUCACUUUGGAUCUAAGUGUCUGCAAAAUGUCUUAUUAAUAAACUGGAUUGUAAAUUGACCUGAAACACUGUGUAUCUGUGCUGUGUGUUUGUAGGCAGGAUUAUUUUGAAGAUAGAAUCGCUUCUAAAUUGCUUGUUGAAAUAAACCCAGCUGCUUGUUAAAUUUCUCACAAUGUGAAAAAUAAAAUAGCGAUGUUG